UGUGGCCACUACCGUCACGGUCCCGGACCACUUCCAACUUUGCAUCCUUCCCAUUCAUUGUCAACUCAGUCUCCGCCGCAUAGCACUUUCCUGUUUACAUCGUUCGUUCUCGUUUCACAGCAUCCUUUGGUCAAAGAGCCACACAUCGCCAGGAAGUGUUGCACUGAUCGAAUCCCAAGAGUAUAUUCGUCGCAAGAAAGCCACCCGUGAUAUCGAUGUCAGCGCAUCGUUCGGAGCCCUCACCAACGCGCGGUCCUACGGGUUCGCGUCUCUCACGCCUCGAUACCACGACCGCCUCCGGGUCCUCAGCCACAACGCCCACCUCGUCUACAAACCGCCACAGUGAAAGCGGGCCUACCGAUGCAGACGAAAACGACGUAUCCUCCGCCGCUUACCGGAAUUUGGCCAGCUCGCAGGCGAGUCUUCUGCGUGCAACCUCGGCCUUGGAAGAGACUUUCUCCAGGAUCCGCAUCCUGCGUGACCACAUAGCUGCCAGGAGAAAUGGUUCGUCGGCGAGUGCGGAAGGUACGCAGACCGCGGACGCGUCCAUGGGCCCCGACCACAAUGCUAUUCGCCGUCGCACGAUAUCCGAGACGAUUACUCUCAUUGAGGAUUUGCGCGCGCAGCUGGAGGCGCAGAGGCCCGAAAGCGUGCUCACCACCUUACGCGAGGGACGUGCAGCACUCGAUCAGGCGGGCCCGCGUACUGCCGUUGGAGACACGCCCACACAACCACAAGCCCGCCGCACGUCUACUUUGACCAGCACGGCUCCUCUUCGCUUCGGUCCACGGUCUGAGAACUCGGCGAGCCAGUUGCGUCUGCCACAACACCGUCCUGUGCCCAGGAGCCACCUGCGUCCGCAGAGGGAGGGUAGCACAGCCCGAGCUGCGGCUUCGCAGCCGGAUAGCUCAGAGCCGAGCAUUUUGUUGGACAGCGCCAUGGACGACUUGCGACGCGACAUCCCUCACGUAUGGGACCGGAUCCAUUCGCUGGAGUCCCCGGACGCGCGAGAACCAGAUGCCCAUUGGAUCAGCCAGCAAAACUCAAGUAUCAACAGCCUCGUGCAGGAAGCCCGCGCUUUGGGCGUACCAUUAGAUUCUGAAAUACCAGCAGUGGGACAGAGACCAACUGAGCGAACCGCUUCGAUCGACUUCCCCAGCCCAAUCACCUCGUCAUGGUUCUCCCCAAAUCCAGCGCUCCUGUCUAGCGCGGCAACCUCCCUACCCACCACCACCAGCACUAAUACACCGGGCACCUCUGCGAGCAUCUUUCAAGGGUUUUCACAGCCAAUUCAAAGCGAGUCGGAGAGGCAGCCAACCUUCAACGAGCGGAUCGCCCAGUUGGACGCAGAGAUGGAGAGGCAACGCGAGAGGCAAUGGCGUCUCCUCGCAACGAUCUCCGCACGCCAGGACGCGUCGACGAGCACUCGCGACGAGGCAAGGGGCAUCCCGUUUCCGAGUGUCCCACCCGACGACAGCACCUCGGAAAGCCUGGCGGCGUUAGAAGCUCGGUUCGCGGACGCUAUGGAGAAUAUCAAUGCCAUGACGCCCGGGCCCGGCUCAAGCUUCGAGACGCUGCGCGCAAUGUCGUCGCGAGAGGAUGAGGAUCCAUUCAGCUGGCUCAUGCCCAGCCGGACGCCGCCCGCGCGCGAGCCAGAACCGAGGCGGACGAGCAGGUCCAUCUGGCCGACGAGGGCGGCACAGAGCACUAGUGCUUAUCCAUUCUCAGAGAAUAUGACUGUCUUUGAGGGAGGGAGAGCGCCGCGAGACCGAGGGGGCCAGAGGGCUGCUGCGCCUGUCUCCGGGAGAGUAGAGGUUGCACCGACGAACUUGGGUAGCGCGCGGCGUCGCAGGCGGGGAUGGGCGCGGCUCGACCAGGACGGCAACGAGAUCCCCACGGACGAAGAGGAAGAGUACGAGCGCAACCGCACACAGAUGCGUGCGCGCGCGCUCCAGCUCACGUCGAACCAGCCCCCAGAGCGCCUCACGCGGGCCUCGUCUACCACCCUCCCGCCGCCACCCCCACCGGCAGGCCGCCGUCUAUCCUUCGUGCCCACCACACAGAGCCAAGGUCUCUUCUGGCCCAGCAGCGACGCCGACGUGCGAGUGCGCAUCAAUACCGCUAGGGACCUGCCUUCAACCGAACCAGACAGGCCCGUCACACCACGGGACGACAGUGACGAUGACGAGUACUGGAAAGACGUCCCUGCGGGGCCGCAGACGAUCGGGUCCUCCGCCCCCUUCGUUCCCAGUCUGUUGCCGCUGCCGAGGGUGGACUUGUCGGGGACGCCGUCCGCGGCGGUCAAGUCCAAAAAGCUGAUAUGGAUGGGUGACCCCUUGCCCAUAUAUUGCGCUGGGAGGUAGGCCCAGCACUGUACUUCGAUUAUCUGUGCCCGAAUACCCGAGCCGAGCACCAUUUGUUUUGACGUCUCUGAAGGGAGCAUUAUAGUACGGUCGCGAAUGCAGCAUUGUUCACCAAACCUUGCAGUUCGCGUGUGGCGUACGGCUGUAUGUACAUCUCGUAGUGCCUGAAGCUCUUAGCUGGAGCCUGGGAGAUGAUCGAUGAGGCCUGAGGUCGUGAGUUCCGUC